UGUAAAUAAAUUAGAUUUGCUUCAACCACUGUUUUUAUUUACAGCAAAGGCACCAUGUUACACUGCAUUAAAUUGCAAGACAUCUUUGUAUAGUAAUAAAAAUUUUCCAUUCCAUAAAAUACGAGAAUUUACUAAUCAAAAAGGAAAGUUAACAGAAAAUAAAUCUAUACAAAAUAAGUACACAGCAAAGAGUGUAAAUAAAACAAAUAUGAAAACUAAACCAGACAUAAGAGGAAAUAAAAAGACAUCUUCUUCAUUAAAGGAGCGUUUUAUAACUCUAGUUCCACGAUCGCCGAAUGACCGAAUAAAAUUCUUUGAGAUAUAUGACAGCGAUACCCACAAACCUCAUAUUUUUGGGAGCGUUCUUAAUAAUGAUACAAUGAACAAUAUUAUGGAUUUUGAUCAAAUUCAUCACAAUAUUGAUAACCAUGGUGUUGUUAAUAAAACGAGACAUGUAAAGAAAUAUGCCAGUUACAAUGUUAAUGAUAACAACAGUCGAUAUGUUAACCAUCAAGCUGAAACGACAAAAUACAACAACUCUACAGUACUGAAGGUAAUGGGAAAGAUUUUGACGAAACAUAGUCAACCUGCUUUGUGGACAGACUUUCCUUUUGUUGCAGUUUAUGUAUAUGAACCGAUGCAGGUUAGAUGUGAUUCCGCUGCCAUAAGCCCCCACUGGCUCGUAGCAUCAGCGACUUGUCUCUAUCGUCACCACAAAGAUCUUAAUACGAAAACUAUGAAUACAGAAGGAAGGUCGGCUUUCGUGACAUAUUGCGGUAGCAACUGGAGACUCCCAGAACGCAUCGCUUACGUCAAACGAAGCUUCAUUCAUCCGCAAUUCCAAGCGAAGCAUAAAUCUCGGAGAUAUCUCUACAAUAUCGGUGCGAUUCAAGUGCUUAAUUCAAUGGCAAACACAUGCCAUGGUUGGCGGCCGGUUUCAUUGAUGUCUCACCAGUUUGUGGCAGACCGCUCCGGCUCCUACGCUGCGGCGGUCGGCUGGGGUCUAGAUAGAUACGAAUCACAGUCGCACGCACAGCUGAUUUCUGAUGUACCUACACAUCCUCUUAUGUUAUACGAAGGUAUUGUGUACUCCAGCGCUUGUCCUGGAAACACAGAUUAUAGCAAGGUGAUGAUGCUAAAUGAGGAGAGCAUCAAGAAUGUCUACUGCUUAUCUUUACCAACAUCCAAUAUAGGUGACAAUGACACUAUCCAUGGAGGUUUACUGCUAAUUGGAGGAAAAUUAAUAGCAUUAUAUUUAAAGGAGGAAAGUAAACCUUGGGGCGUCCAGUCGGCGCUAUACACAGGGGUCUGGCAUCUCAUCCCAUGGCUGUUAGAUGUUGCGCGUGAAGGGGAGGAACUCGACACCUUUGUGUUAGAUAUGUAACAACUUACUCGAAGAAAAACAGAACA